AGGAAAUUAAGAUGCAGGCUCAAGAACGCUCAAGAAUGUAGACCCCUCAAGCAUGGCAGCAGCCACGCUUGAUUUCCAUGGUCCUGACGAAGAUGCAAUGGAUGAGGAAGAGUUUCCAUUCGAUCCAUUUGACGCUGACGAGGUGACUGAUUUGGCACUACAGACGCAUCAGGCAUCUCAAGAUGAUGACGAGUACUACCGCAAGAUGGAUGCGUACUUACAGCAGGUUGCUGCUACAUUGCCACCAGCUGUGCCUCCACUACCUGCGCAUGCAGACUUACCCGCCCAAACCUUGCGGAACAGCAAAGCUCUGUUGCGGCCAACUCCAAAUUUGUUGAAGGCCACAUUUGAAUCUGUACAUCGUCAGUCACCAGGUGAACUGUGGUUGAAAGAGCGAAUUGCCGCCUUUGAUGCAGGGAACCGGCGAAAGCGAAAGGAGGUCCUAAAGGAAUUUCUGGAGUUCGUCAAGAGCAGCUCCCUGUUCGGCAUGGAGGAGCUCUUUUCGCAGGAGGCCCAUCUGUUUCUGGUGCGGCUCACCUCCUGGUUCUCGGUGAUGCUGCCCUUACUCUACGAACUGCCACUGCAGUUGAAAGUCUUCCUGGUCUUCCUGGAAUUCCGCGAAGCGUGCAUCGUUCGGAACUUCUUCGAGUCCGGCACUGUAGUAUCGUUGAUGAGAACCCUGGCCACGGACUUCGAUGUGCCGGAUGACGUGCGGUGCCUGGCGGUGCUGGUGCUGCACCGCCUUGUACUUCACGGACGGACACACAAAGAGGUGCUUUGUUCGAAAGGCCUUAUCUCGUACUUGGUUGAAUGCAUUUUGGACGGCUUGAAAUGGGAAACCAUCAAGAGUGCUGGCAGCUUGCUCUGCGAACUCUUUCGGUCGAAUCCCAACUAUCAGUCUGAUGUCAUGGUCGCAUUGCAUUUGCUGCUUGUCCCGACGAAGCCCGCACUGGCACAGCGGGUAUCUCUGGCGGCACUGGCGCAGCUGGUGGAUGAAGAUUAUGCAGGUUCAGAUUGGCCGAAUCAGCUCAUUCCCCAACUCCUCAUACUCUUGGAAGGUCGAGACUUGAGAGUGAGUGCGGAUUCCUACUGCCUCCUAUGUAGCUUGGUGCGGCGCUUCCGCUGCGAUACCAUGCUUUGGGACUUUGCGCGGCAACUGAACCAGCCGCAGGACGUGGACGCUUGGGCGGUGGUGGAAGUGGCCGCUGCUAAAGCGCCAGCAGUGCAAGCACCAGAAAAUCUGGCCAAAAGGCUAAAGUUGCAAACGGACGCAGAGAUUGUGCGGGUGUCCGGCAGCGAAGCUGCGGAUUAUGGCGCUUCAUGCCAUGAAGAGGCUGUGAGUGUGCUGAAGCUUUCGUUGGUGAUGUUCCUGGUGAAGCGCAGCCAGGACUUAUGCAGGGAGUUGGUGAACAAAGGUCUCACUGAGUCUUUGCUGAUGUGUCUCUUGGAUGUCUCAAGACCAAUGAGACAGGCAGCUGUCCUCACAGAACUACAUCACCUGCAGCUGCUAUCACCUCACGCCAAGAACAUCGUCGAAACUGUGCUGGUGAAGCGCGAGAUGUUGCGCGCCCUCACGGCGGAGCAGCUCAUGGCGACCGCCAGCGGCGAGGACUUGGCCAAAGCACGGCGGAGGCUGCGGGCCAUGCAGCGCAAUCGAGGUGCUGCAUUCAACACUUUGAAAGUGCAGCACUCUGCGGAUGAACACGAGCUCCAACAGCGAAUCCUGGAUCAGCAGAUGGCAGAUAGCCUGGGCAUCAAAGGCCCCAGCAGCAACGCCUUCCUGACGGAGCCACUGGAUGACACCGAAGUGGAGGCCGAAAAGGACGAGGCACAAGUGCCACGUGGAGGUAGUGGCUGCUACCCUGUAAGCCGGGUACCAGUUGGUAGCUCCUCCAGUGGCCCCGUGUCUCGUGGCACUGACCAGGGCGCCUUUGCUCGUGGGUAUGAGCUCGAACAUGAUAUCAGAGAGGAACCAACCACGGAGCCUACGGUGUUGACGGCGCUUCGCAAUGUGUUGAGCGAGCCCCUCACCCGAGAGUCAGCGGAGCAAAGCUCUUUGUUGACAGAGGUGAAGCAGUUGUGCCUCAGCGCCAGGCGGCCGCCGGUGCAGCCACAAGUUCCAGCGCAGCGUCACGAACACCCUUCCCUGCUGAAGGUGGAAGAGCGAUCAGUGCAGCAUCGCCGCGCCCUGAUCAUGCGUCGUGCAGUGCGGCGGCGGCCGAUGGGGGAAGCGUCAAAGGGAUCGAGGUUUCGGAGUGGGGAUGAGACACCAGCUUCGGAAGCGGAUUCGGAGGCCACCAGCCUGGUCUGUGUGGCAGAGGCGCACGAUACUGCUGCAAUGGCACGCUCUGCUCAAAGUGUUGGCUGGGAGCGAGUCUCAAGCGCCAGCGUGAAGCAGCCUCGAAAGGCCGGUCAUUGGCCGGAGAUCUCCGUGGUGGAUACUUCCAUCGGGCCAGACAUGUCACAGGA